GACUUCAACGCAUUUCAACCCUAAACCUCUCAAGGAGUCAAGAGAGAAAGCCCUGUUUCUAAAGCCCUAGCUAAACCCUCGCCUCGCUUCUCCUCCAAACCAAAUGGCUUUCACUUCAAUUCUCCGCCGAUCGGCCUCCUCCCUGGCCCCACUCGCCAGCCGCCUUGCUCGUGGCCAGCGGUCUUACCACGGCGCUGUUGCCACCGCCGUCAACCACUUCAAUUUCUCCCGAAAGCACACUCAGCCGACCCCUUUCGUUCUCACCCCUCGAUACUAUUCGAGCCACAGUUCGGACCAGUCUCUGAUCAGGGUGAUCGAGUCGGAGAUCAAGUGCGCUGAGGAGACCGAGGAUCUCGACAAGGUUGAGGAGAUUCCAUCAUCCUUCCCUUUUAAAAUUGAAGAUACUCCCGGAAUCCAAACAGUGACGCUGAAAAGAACAUAUCAAGGUGAAGACAUACAGGUUGAAGUUCACAUGCCUGAUCUAGUCACAGGUGAAGACGACAACGAUGAUAACCAAAAUGAUGACAAUGAUGAACACGCCAACCAAUCCAGCAUCCCGUUGGUUGUAACCGUCUCCAAGGGUAACGGACCAGUUCUCGAGUUUAGCGUCACUGCUUACCCUGAUGAGUUUCAAAUUGACAGCUUGGCAGUGAAAAAUCCCGAAGAUUCCGAGGAUCAAAUUGCCUACGAGGGGCCUGAUUUCCAUGAUUUGGAUGAGAACCUUCAGAAGGCAUUCCACAAGUAUUUGGAGGUGAGAGGAAUCAAGCCCAGCACAACCAAUUUCUUGCAUGAGUACAUGCUCAACAAGGACAGCAAAGAAUAUGCAAAUUGGUUGCAGCAACUUAAGCGCUUCGUCGAAGCGUAAAACUUUUACCGUAAGAUGUUACCUGCUAGAAAAGAUUGGGGGGCAUGGUUUAGCCUGCGUUUUUGGAACUCUUAUUGAACUUUGAGGGAUGUGGUCUUUUGUUGGGAGGCUUUUAUGCAAACAAUAGUUGCUUUUCAUAUGAAAAUAACCAUUUAGGCAAUCUCUUGUGCACUCACUAUUUCAUCAUAAGUAAUGAAAUGAUUUUAUUAUUUUUCUUAAAAAAAAAAAA